CCCUCCCGGUAAGCAGGUGUCCUGGAGGAUUGCUGCCGGGUGACGGCGCUGACGCCGGGGCUGUGAGGAGAGAGGACGCGCCGACCCAGGCAGCAUCACCAUGGCCCACUCCCCCGUUCAGGGACACCUGCCGGGGAUGCAGAAUGCCAAGGCCGACCCCGAGGAGCUGUUCACCAAGCUGGAGCGCAUCGGCAAGGGCUCGUUCGGCGAGGUGUUCAAAGGCAUCGACAAUCGCACCCAGAAGGUGGUGGCCAUCAAGACCAUCGACCUGGAGGAGGCGGAGGACGAGAUCGAGGACAUCCAGCAGGAGAUCACCGUGUUGAGCCAGUGCGACAGUCCUUUCGUCACCAAGUACUACGGCUCGUACCUGAAGGACACAAAGUUAUGGAUUAUCAUGGAGUAUUUAGGCGGAGGCUCGGCGUUAGACCUGAUGGAGCCCGGAGCGCUGGACGAAACCCAGAUCGCCACCAUCCUGCGGGAGAUCCUGAAGGGCCUAGAGUAUCUGCACUCGGAGAAGAAGAUCCACCGGGAUAUCAAAGCCGCCAACGUGCUGCUGUCCGAGCAGGGCGAGGUGAAGCUGGCGGACUUCGGCGUGGCCGGCCAGCUCACCGACACACAGAUCAAACGCAACACCUUCGUCGGCACGCCCUUCUGGAUGGCGCCCGAGGUCAUCAAACAGUCGGCCUACGAUUCGAAGGCGGAUAUCUGGUCCCUGGGCAUCACGGCCAUUGAGCUGGCGAAAGGCGAGCCGCCGCACUCGGAGCUCCAUCCCAUGAAGGUUUUAUUCCUCAUCCCAAAGAACAAUCCGCCAACGCUGGAGGGAAACUACAGCAAACCGCUCAAGGAGUUCAUCGAGGCCUGUCUCAACAAAGAGCCCAGUUUUAGGCCGACCGCCAAAGAGCUGCUGAAGCACAAGCUGAUCGUCCGCCACGCCAAGAAGACGUCGUACCUGACGGAGCUGGUGGACAAGUACAAGAGGUGGAAGGCCGAGCAGUCUCGAACCACCGAGUCCAGUUCUGACGAGUCUGACUCAGAGCAGGAUGGGCAGGCGUCGGGAGGCAACGACUUCGGCAGCGACGACUGGAUCUUCACCAUCCGGGAGAAGGAUCCCAAGAAGCUCCAGAACGGGGAGGGACAGUCUGCGGACCAGACGAAAGACAUUCCAAAGAGGCCUUAUUCACAGAGCCUGGCCACCGUCAUCUCUCCUGCGUUAGCCGAGCUGAAGGCGAGACAGGAGCAGGUGAACGGGAACCCCAUGGUCCUGGACGAGCUGAGGGAGGCCAUCCUGCUGGCGGAGGAGGCCUACCCUGGCAUCUCCGACUCCCUGGUGGCCCACAUGGUCCACCGGCUCCAGAGUUUCUCCACAAGCAGGACGUCGUCGUCCUCCUCCUCCCCAUAGUGAUCCCACUCUGCUACCUGCCCUGCCCUCCUCGACCCUCCUCCACCCUCCCUCCACAACACCACAGCCCAGGUCAGAGGAUUCAAUACCAGAUGACCCUGUUUGAACUCCGGUGUGUGGGGGGCUUUAACCUCGCCUGUAAAAACAACAACAACAACAACAACAAAUGACUGAACUCCAAAGUAGAGAAACUCUGGAGCUUUUUUUUGUCGGGGAGGGGGGACGCAGCAGAACCCCCGUGACGAGACUCAAACAGCCGGGUUAAGACGCUGGGCUUUUUCUUUUUCUUUUUUGAGACACCAGACGUCUGGAGCUGAAUCGGCCCCAAACUCCCCCUCGUCCUGCAGGCGUCAUAUCCCCACAACCUCUGACAGCAUGCGUGAUGAACCUGCAGGGACUUUGUCUCCGUGUGCGAGCUGCGUGUGUGUGUGUGUGUGUGUGUGCUCUUGCGUAUGUACGACUCCCUGUUUAGGCAAAUUGCAGCAUUCUUAACGAAACCUCAGGUAAAGUGCUUUAAGUGGACUUUGUCCUCCGAGGCAGCGGGAGGAGGAGCGGGGGGCGGGGGGGGGUCGACGUGCUGUACAUGAUUAAACGUUGUCAUUGCGGGAAAAUUGAAUCACUGUGUACAAAAUGGUCAUGCGCAUUUUGUAGAUGUUGAUAAUGUUUAAAAAAAAAUAAAAUAAAAAGUAGAUAUUUAAAGAUUUCCGAAGUUACUCCAACAGAACGGAAAAUGCCUUGCCCUUAUUUUUUGAUGAACGAUGCACACGUCGACGUUCUGACAUUUCACCACAGACUCUUUUUGUUUUCAUGUCAGUGUUCAUCAGUGUGACUCCAGUUCCAAUCAUUUCAUUCACCUGCUGAAUCAUCUGGACUAAAUACGAUACUAAGCAUUUUAGUUUAUAGAUAUUAAUAUCUAUAUAGGAAGAAGAUUUACCUUUUGUUUUCUGUGUAGUCGUGGAGGGAAUCUCCUCCUUCCUGUGCUGAUGUUUAGAUGAUAGACGCGUUUGCUCUUCGAUGAGAACGCUGAGCGGAGCCGAGGACGAUUAACAAAAGACACUGGUGGAGCGGUGAGAUCACGUGAAGUAUUAUUUUUUUCCCCCUGGCGUCGCGUCAUGGCCAAACUAAACUGUUUAUCAGGACGAGCCAAGCUGCAGAAAUCGAUGCCAUCCUCAUUCCCUCACGCGUGUUCCGACGUCCACACCACGCUACAGAAGUGCCAUGUCCUUGCCAGAUGUUUGUAGUAUAUGAUUUGCACCUUCUUCUUCUUCUUCUUCUUUUUUCAGAUCAGUUGUUUUUUUUUGCACUUUGAAAGUGUGUCGAGUAUUUAAAAGAAAACCUGUACGAGGAAAAAAAACCUUACAAAACGGAAAAAAAAGUUGCUAAUAGCCAUGUUUUACUAUAUACUAUGUUUACGUAAGAGUUCCAGAAUUUUACUACUGUGCUAACGCAGCAAUAAUGUUGAGGAGUCGCAUCGAGACGCACUUGUCAACACAGGGAUCGAAAGAAAUAUCUGAUAUUUUUGUAACUGCAAAGAGUUGAGUAUGGAAUUAUGGAAUGCUUUAUGGAUAUGGGCAAAAAAAAAUUCUAUAUAGGAAGAAAAAACAAACAUAUGCUACGGAAAUAACUACAAAAUGUGUACAUUUGGUCUCUAUCAUAGCGGACAGUUUAUAGUACUGUAUAUAAUCUUUGCUUGUGUCAUCUGAGAAUUCCCGAGUUAAGUGUUGGCUCCCUGUAAGCUUUCAAAGUGACAUGAGAAAUAAAGAUCUAAUGGUAACUGA